UCCCUGUGCUCUCGCAGUCGCAGGCACCGCUCCCCUAGGCCUGUCCUCACCGUCCCUUGGCUCUCUCUCCUCGCCGCUGCCGCCCCCAUUUCUCCACCGCCGCCACCCGCAUUCCCGCACCACCGCCGCCCGCAUUCCACCGAGCCCACCCUUUCUCCUCGCAACACAACAGCGUAAAACUAAACGCCGCCUCUCCGCACCUAGGCCGAAGCCGCAAUCCCCCGAGCGGGCUAGCCCCAAUGGCGGCCGCCUUGUAGUUGCGUGCCGCGGCUUUCGCCGCUACAGCACCGGUGGGGUCCUCUAGCCUCGGAUCUGACUGAGACAAGGCUAGCGCGCUCGAAGCUUUGCUGGCAUUGGAGCGGUUUCCCGUUCCGGCAGCGGGGUGGAGGUAGCUCGUUGCUGCGGCACGACGGCCAGGUUCGGCGUGAGGAAUUUGGCUUCACAGAGCGCCGCGGCAUCCAAGCCCUGCCCAUAAGACCAAUAUGGCUUCCAAGAUUCAGCGCUUGUCCUCCUUCAUUGCCAUUACAGUUUUUGCUUCACUCCUUCAUCCUUGUGUGUCUAUUGAGUUCCGCCAUGAGCUCUCCAGCUGGACCACUGGCAUUGCUACGUGGUAUGGUGAUCCUAAUGGUGCCGGAAGUGAAGGUGGUGCAUGUGGGUACCAGUAUGCUGUCGACCAACCCCCAUUCUCGUCCUUGAUUGCUGCUGGCAGCCCUUUCAUCUACGACUCUGGAAAUGGAUGUGGUUCUUGCUACCAGGUGGUAUGCUCUGGCAAUCAAGCUUGCUCUGGUUACCCUGUGACUGUUGUCAUCACUGACCAGGGCCCUGGUGGGGGUCCAUGCCUGAGCCAAGCAAGUGAUGGCAUGUGCCUAAACGAGGGCGCCCACUUCGACAUGAGUGGGACGGCGUUUGGUGCCAUGGCAAAGCCUGGAAUGGCCGAUCAGCUCCGUGCCGCUGGCAUCCUACAAAUCCAAUACACUCGGGUGCAGUGUGAAUGGCCUGGAGUGGAUGUAACCUUCUCUGUGGACACCGGUUCGAACCCGAACUAUCUUGCCGUGCUCAUCGAGUAUGAGGACACUGAAAGUGACCUAUCGGGCGUCGAUAUCAUGCAGAGCUCGACGGGGCAGUGGGUGCCGAUGCAGCAUUCGUGGGGUGCAGUGUGGAGGCUCAACUCUGGCUCCGCCCUCCAGGGCCCGUUCCAUAUCCGACUGACUUUCAGCUCAGGCAGGGUGCUCAUCGCCAGCAACGCCAUACCUGCAGGGUGGAACGCCGGCGUGUCGUACCGGUCAGGAGGCGUGGCGGUGACGAGGGCCAGGCCCAGGAGUGCUGGAUGCCGGGGCUACAAGGCAGCAGGAGCAUUUGGCGAUUUGGUGUAUCACCUUCUCCUGUUGUUUGUGAUGUUAGCGUUGCUGAGGCCUAAGAGGAUGGAUAAGCAACUAUUCUGGUUGGACAGUGCCCAUUCAUGCAGCGGCGCCGGCGAGGAGCGUGCGUGUUGCUGCGGUGGGGGACGGCGGCCGCUCGGGCUGGUGGCGUGCGCGUGGCCGCGUCCGGGCGUUGCAGCUUCGUGCUCUACACUGCUUUUGACUGUUAGUAUCUACAGCCUACAGGUGCUUAAAAAUAAGCAACGGGAACCAAACGGGGCCCUAGUCUUCUCUCUCUCGCCGCCCUCUGUGUGCAAUUCCACAAUGUCUUUGACCUUAUCAGCCGUGGCUACAUGUCACAGGGUGCAGUGUAUGGCUUCCAAGAUCCAUCCGUUGUCUUUCAUUGCCAUCACAGCUCUCGCCUUUCUUCUCCACCCUUGUGCAUCCAUUGAGUUCCGCCGUGAGCUCUCUGGUUGGUCCAAUGGUAUCGCUACAUGGUAUGGCACAGCUGAUGGUGCAGGAAGUGACGCUGGUGCGUGUGGGUUCCAGAAUGAUGUUGACCAGCCACCAUUCUCCUCCAUGAUCGCCGCUGGCUGCUCUUCCAUCUACGACUCUGGCAAGGGCUGUGGUUCUUGCUAUCAGGUGGUGUGCACUGGCAAUGGUGGUUGCUCUGGUAACCCGGUGACUGUUGUCAUCACCGACGAGUGCCCUGACUGCCCAUGCCCGGAUGACCAGGUGCACUUCGACAUGAGCGGGACAGCGUUUGGUGCCAUGGCGAAGCCCGGCCAGGAAGGCCAGCUUCGUGGCGCCGGCUCCAUCCAAAUCCAGUACAAACGUGUGCAGUGCGAGUGGCCUGGGGUGAACGCCACCUUCUCCGUGGAGUCCGGGUCCAGCCCGAGCUACCUGGCCGUGCUCAUCGAGUACGAGGACGGCGACAGCGACCUCGACGCCGUGGACAUCAUGCAGGGCGGGUCGGGGCAGUGGGUGCCGAUGCAGCAGUCGUGGGGCGCCGUGUGGAAGCUGAACUCGGCUUCACCCCUCCAGGGCCCCUUCGACAUCCGCCUGACGUUCAGCUCCGGCAGGGUGCUCGUCGCCAGCAACGCCAUACCCGCGGGCUGGAACGCCGGCGUGGCGUACCGGUCGGGCGGCGUGGCGGUGGCGAGGGCCAGGCCCAGGAGCGGUGGCUGCCGGAGCCACGACGCUGCUGGGACACUCAGCGGGCUGGUGUAUGUCCUCCUCCUACUUGUGUUGUUUCUGGGAUUGGAGUUGUGA